AUGACAGAAGAAAAUCAAAUACCAUCGUCACCAAUAAUGAUCAAUAAAUUUAAUAAACAAAAUUCUGUUGACGACGUUUUCACUUCCGAUGAUAUUUGUGCGUCACCGAUAAUGAUCAAUCAAGCUAAUAAACUUGCUAUUAGACAGGAUUCCAUUGACCACGAGCUUUCUCCAGAUGAUAUUAGUACUAUGUUCGAUGAAUUUCUCGUUGAAUUCGAACGAAUGGAGAAAAGUGGUAAUGCAACAACCACUGUAUUUCUCGAUGCUGUCGAACAAAUAGCAGAUGCUGUUCUAGGAAUAAUCCCACAUAAAUUACUUCAUCCAAAGGUGCUUCAACAUCCACUUACGGAAUUUUUACAUCAGAUGCUUGUUGAUAUAAUAGCUAAUUGGAGAUCAUCUAAUCAACGUCUAAAUAUUCAAGAAACAGAUAUAUUUCUUAAGAUUGUACUUGUUUUUGUACAUGUUGCUGAAGCAGCACCUGCACCAAGUGCUGAACAAACGCGAAAAUAUAUACGAGAUAUGUUAGCAACGAAAAGAUUUUUGUUCUUAGUAGGGGAGCAAGUUGAUGAUAUUGUUCUCAAUAAACCAGAUCUUAACGAUGAUCCAAAUAUAUGUACAUUGGGCAUACUAACUAUAAAAUUAUUACAAGGAGCUCCAUUCUACUUUAGUAUAGAAAAAAAUCAACGUUUAAUUGAUGAUUUGGUGAUGAAUUCUCUUGAUUCCUAUGAUUUUAUUCAAGCAUUACGUCAAUUACAACAUGAUCAACCACUUACUGAUGUAGAUCGUUUUCUUUUAUAUACUUGUUGGGAGUAUGUACCAUUCGCAUCAGCAACUGCACUAACUUUACCUAACACGAUGAAAUUAAUUAAAGUAGUUCAACAUGUUUAUGACCAACUUCUAACUCAAUUAGAACAAGCUAUGGAAAAACCACCACCAAUGACCACGAAAUCUUUAGCUUAUAUAUUCGAACGGUAUACUCAACUUCUCAAUAUUCCUAAUUUUCAUUCUUUUGAUAAAAAAGCACAAUAUUUUGUCGAUCGUUUAACUAAAAUUUUAAAAGAACAAGUGUUAGCUAAUCCACAAGAUCAAGAAUUAAUUAAUGUUACACUAGAAGCAUUUCAUAAUCUAUCCAAAAAUACUGAUAUUCGUACAAUCAUGAAAAAUCGUCAAUUAACUUCACUCUUCCACAACUUUACAUCUACUCAAAAUAUUGAAGAACGAAAAUUAGCAUUUAGUAUUCUUGCAGAAAUUAUGGAUGAAAAAGAAAUAAAUGAAAAACCAAAUGAAAUUACUAGUGUAUUUAUUGAUCAACUCAAACAACUCAAUCCAAAUGAAUACAAUGCAAAUAUGGAUAGUACUCUUUCAAGUCUCCAAGCAUUAAUGCAACAUGAAGAAAUCAAAAAUCAAUUUAUUCAACAAAAUGGUGCACAAGUAUUAGUUUCUUUUAUUCGUGAUGGUGAUCCAAACAAACAAUCUGAAACACAGCUAGAGGAUGCUCUUAAAAUUCUUUGGUCAACUACAUUCAAUAAUCCUCAUAUGGUAAACACACUGCAACAAGAUGCAAAACUAAUGACACGAGUUACUGAAAUCUAUAAUAAUGCAAAAGAAAAAGAAAAUGUUACAUUAGAAAAAGCAGCUGAAGGUUUGAUUUGGAAGGUUGAAAAAGAAGAAAAAUUUAAAGAAGAACAAGCAGCUGAAGUUGAACGAAAAAAAGAAGAGAAAAAGAAAAAAGCAAAAGAAAGUGGUGUAGUAGAGGAGGAAGAGGAAGAAGAAGAAGAACAAUAUGAUAUGAUGUUAUCAUAUUCAUGGGCUGAUAUGGACUUAGCUCAUCGUAUUUUUCAUCAUUUGACUGAAAAACUAGGUUAUAAAAUAUGGCUUGAUCAAGAACAAAUGCAUGGAUCGACAAUUCAGGCAAUGGCAAAUGCAGUUGAUAAUGCUCAAUUCAUCCUUAUGUGUAUGUCAGACACAUAUAAACGAAGUGCAAAUUGUCAAUCAGAAGCUGAAUAUGCACAUAAUCGUAAAAAACAUAUUGUACCAUGUAAAAUGAAAAAAGAUUAUAACCCUGAUGGAUGGUUAGGUUUUAUAUUGGGUACACGAUUGUAUAUUGAUUUUGGAACAUAUGAAUUUGAAAAAGCAAUUGAAUUACUUGAUAAUGAGAUUCAAUUACAGAAGAAAAAACGUAAAGCAGCAAAAGAAGUAGCAAGAGUUGAAAGAAAAGCUAUUGCAGAGGAAAACGGUUCAAAAAAUGAAAGAAAAGUAUCACAAGCUCCACCUGAAAUAAAACUGAAAAGAAGUUUGGGAAAUGUAUCAGAUUGGGAUGAAGUGAAUGUUCGAGAUUUCUUAUUAAAAGAAAAUCUUUUAUCGAUGAUACCACUUUGUAAUGGAAUUAAUGGCAAAGAAUUAAAUGAUUUGUAUGCAAUGUGCAAAUCAAAUUCAGCAUCAAUGUAUCGUUCAUUAAAAUUUGAACUUCUUCAUGGACAUCAUAGAAUAUUACCAAUCUCUACAUUUCUUCGUUUUAUGAGUCGUAUGCGUUCCGCUUGUGAUAAUGGAUUAUCAUCUAAUACACCGACAGUAACCAAGAUUAAAGAGGAUCAUAUUCAUGAAGAUCCUAUUCAAGAAGAUCCUACUUCGGAGGAAGACUAA